AUGGAGAUUCCCAUGGGGACCCAGGGCUGCUUCUCAAAGAGCCUCCUGCUCUCAGCCUCAAUCCUGGUCCUCUGGAUGCUCCAAGGCUCCCAGGCAGCUCUCCACAUCCAAAAGAUUCCAGAGCAGCCUCAAAAGAACCAGGACCUUCUCCUGUUGGUCCAGGGUGUCCCAGACACCUUCCAGGACUUCAACUGGUACCUGGGGGAGGAGACGUAUGGAGGCACGAGGCUAUUUACCUACAUCCCUGGGAUACAACGGCCUCAGAGGGAUGGCAGUGCCAUGGGACAGCGAGACAUCGUGGGCUUCCCCAAUGGUUCCAUGCUGCUGCGCCGCGCCCAGCCUGCAGACAGUGGCACCUACCAAGUAGCUGUUACCAUCAACUCUGAAUGGACUAUGAAGGCCAAGACUGAGGUCCAGGUAGCUGAAAAGAAUAAGGAGCUUCCCAGUACAUACCUGCCCACCAACGCCGGGAUCCUGGCGGCCACCAUCAUUGGAUCUCUUGCUGCCGGGGCCCUUCUCAUCAGCUGCGUUGCCUAUCUCUUGGUGACAAGGAACUGGAGGGGCCAGAGCCACAGACUGCCUGCUCCGGGGGGCCAGGGAUCUCUGUCCAUCUUGUGCUCAGCUGUGUCCCCAGUGCCUUCAGUGACACCCAGCACAUGGAUGGCGACCACAGAGAAGCCAGAAUUGGGCCCUGCUCAUGAUGCUGGUGACAACAACAUCUAUGAAGUGAUGCCCUCUCCAGUCCUCCUGGUGUCCCCCAUCAGUGACACGAGGUCCAUAAACCCAGCCCUGCCCCUGCCCACACCCCCACCCCUGCAGGCGGGGCCAGAGAACCACCAGUACCAGGACCUGCUAAACCCCGACCCUGCCCCCUACUGCCAGCUGGUGCCAACCUCCUGAUGGGUCCUGGGCCAAGCCAGCCGGGGAGAAGACAAGGCCCCAGCCCUCCUCUGGGAGCCUCACACCUGAGACCAGCAGGACAAGGCCGUCGGGGGCUGUGGGGCCGAUGAGGUGGACUCGGCCAAAGACUCAGCAGCACAUGGGGCAGGUGUCCUGGCAGGGGGACAGGAGACUGUAACAGGCCCAGGUCCCUGUGCAGCCCCUGAAUGCACACCCACCUUCGGUCUGUUCCUUCAAGCAAGCUGGCCUGGUCCAUGUGCCUGUGAAAGGCAGGCUCUGGCCCCUUUCCAUGCCAAAGUCCCCCAAGAUCUGGAUAUCUGGGACAAGGGGGUGGCCUCAGGCCUGCCUCCCAGGCAGUUGGCUGGGCUCCCAACUAUCUGUCCUCAAUGCCCUACCCCAACUCCACUAGUGACCCUCAAAGUCUUUUCCCCUGAGGACAAGGCAGACACCCCACCAUGCGGGCCUCAGGUGGCAGAGAGGCCCAGCCUCACAGGCCUGUGGCCCCACACACCAGUCCCAGCAAGGUGACCACGGCUGCCGGACCCCUUCCUUGUUCAGGCAGGCCCAGCCCCUCUCAGAACCCGCUGCCAGCUGCUGGUCUUGGCCCCCACCCUGAAUCUCACCGAGUCCCUCUGGGCGGCAGCUCCCUUCUCCACCCCACCCCAGCCCCCAUCCCAAAUGUGGCCUCAGCUUGUCCUCCCCUCCCCCAAACUAUGCAUUCAUUCAGCAAUAAAUGAGCCUCUGCUGUAUGCCAGACCCAGUUCUAGACUCUUGCAGCCUUGGUAGAAAGCAAAACAAACACUCCCGCUUUCCAGAGGGUCACUUGGCAGGGGAGAGAAUCAGGAAAUAAAAUAAAUAAUGAACAUG